CUAGCUGCUGAACAUCAACAGCUCUCCAUAGAAGCUGAGCUCCAGGAGAGCAAGCUGGAGAGGGAGCUGCGGGAGGAGAUUGAAGCGAAUCAAAACAGCAGAGUGGCGCUGGCGGCUGAACACCAAGCUCAGCUGCAGGAGCAAGAGGCAGUGUCCAAGCUCUCCAGGCACAGCGCCGCCGCCCUGGCAACACAGGAAGCCGAGGCCAGCGACGCUCGACAGCGAGCUGCUGAGCAUCAACUGCUCGCCACCGAAGCUGAGCUCCAGGAGAGCAAGCUGCAAAGGGAGCUGCAGGAGGAGGUCGAAGCAAUGUCCGAGCUCUCUAAGCAAAGCGCCACAGCCCUGGCAAUACAGGAAGCCGAGGCCAGCGACGCUCGACAGCGAGCUGCUGAACAUCACCAGCGCGCCACAGAAGCUGAGCUCCAGGAAAGAAAGCUGGAGAGGCAGCUGCAGGAAGAGGUCGAAGCAAAUCAGACAAGCCGAGACGCGCUGGUGGCUGAAUACCAGGCACAGCUGCAGGAGCAGCAGGCAAUGUCCGAGCUCUCCAAGCACAGCGCCAAAGCCCUAGCCAUGCAGGAAGCAGCCGAGGCAGCACAGCAGCAACGCGUUUGUGAAAUGUUGAAGUCCGAAGUGGCCAAGAUGGAACAAAUGUUGUCCGCACCUUCGAGCCCAGUCAGAGCGGAUCCCAUCGAGGCAGAGGAUGUGCUGGGUGUCGCGGUGCCGGAAGAUCCUCAGCGCACUGGCUUGAAAGACGACCGGGUGCAGGGGGCUUUUCAUGCUCUGUCGCAAAUGGUCAACAAACUGAACCAGAGGCUCUACUUCGCCGAGCAGGAACUGAAGGAUGAGAUGCACAGCAGCAUGUCCCCGGCCGUGGAGCCUGAGUUGGAGCAGUGCAUGGCGGCUCCGGUCCUGGAGGAGCUCCAGGCAGAGCGUGCAGAGUGCAGGGCGAUGGCAGAGGAGGCCGAGGAGCGACUCUCCGUGAUCUUGGAGUCCGAGGUCACAGUCGAGGAGCUUCAGCAUGAGCUGACGCAGAAGGAUCAAGAGGCGAGUGAGAUUAUCGAGAUCGGGUGCACCUUGGCCCAAGAACUGGAGGAGCUCCAGGCAGAGCGCGCAGAGCGCAGGGCGAUGGCAGAGGAGGCCGAGGAGCGACUCUCCGUGCUCUUGGAGUCCGAAGUCACAGCCCGACAGCAAGCUGCUGAGCAUCAACAGCGCGCCAAAGAAGCCGAGCUCCAGGAGAGUAAGCUGAAGAAGGAGCUGCAGGAGGAGGUCGAAGCGAAUCAGAGAAGCAAAGCGACGACGCUGGUGGCUGAACACCAAGCUCAGCUUCAGGAGCACAAGGCAAUGUCCGAGAUUGCCACAGCCCUGGCAAUGCAAGAAGCCGAGGCCAGCGAGGCCCGACAGCGAGCUGCUGAACAUCAACAGCGUGCCAAAGAAGCUGAGCUCCAGGAGAGCAAGCUGGAGAGAGAGCUGCAGGAGGAGGUGGAGGCGACUCAGAAAAGCAGAGUGGCGCUGGCAGCUGAACACAAAGCUCUUCUGCAAGAGCUGCAGGAGCGGCGGGCCAGCGAGGCCCGUCAGCGAGCUGUUGAACAUCAGCCACACGCUGAAGAAGAUGAGCUCCAGGAGAGCAAGCUACUCUUAGAGAGGGAGCUGCGCGAGGAGGUGGAAGCACAGCAGAAGAGCAAAGCGGCGCUGGUGGCUGAACACCAAGCUCUUCUGCAGGAGCAGCGGGCAAUUUCCGCGAUUUCCGAGCAGGGUGCCGCAGCCCUGGCAAUACAGGAAGCCGAGGCCAGCGAGGCCCGACAGCAAGCUGCUGAACACCAACAGCGUGCCAAAGAGGAGAGCAAGCUAGCGAGGGAGCUGCGGGACGAGGUGGAGGCGAAUCAGAAAAGCAGAGUGGCGCUGGCAGCUGAACACAAAGCUCUUCUGCAAGAGCUGCAGGCCAGCGAGGCCCGUCAGCGAGCUGUUGAACAUCAGCCACGCGCUGAAGAAGAUGAGCUCCAGGAGAGCAAGCUACUCUUAGAGAGGGAGCUGCGCGAGGAGGUGGAAGCACAGCAGAAGAGCAGAGCGGCGCUGGUGGCUGAACACCAAGCUCUUCUGCAGGAGCAGCGGGCAAUUUCCGCGAUUUCCGAGCAGGGUGCCGCAGCCCUGGCAAUGCAGGAAGCCGAG